CUCCUGGCUCCGCCAGCUGCUGCUGCUGCUAGUCGCGUUCUCCUCUCCUCGCGCUGCCAGAGCGUCCCUUGGGCCAGGAUGAGCAGCUUGGUGCGCCAGCGCAGCCUCAUGUCGGUGGCGGCGCUCAGCCGAGCCUACGCCACAGCCGCCCCCGCCGUUCCCGCCGCCUCCACCAGUCUCCAGCAGUCAGCAGAGUGGCUGCGAGCCAGGCCGUUCGAGGAGAUACCCGGCCCCCGGCCGCUGCCGCUAGUUGGGAACCUGUGGCGGUUCCUGCCACCACUGGGAGAGUUCAGAAAGCUGGAUCCAGUGGGAAUGCUGGUGGCGAUACGGGAGCGCUACGGGGACAUCGCCAAGGUGGUGGGGGUCCCUUUUAAGCAGCCCAUGGUCUACAUCUUCAGUCCGGAUGACAUCCAGAAGGUGUACCGCCACGAGGGUCCGUGGCCGAUGCGGGGCUCCGUCCAGUCGGUGUCGUACUACCGCACCGUGACGCGCAGGGACUGGUUCCAGGGCGACGUCGGCGUCAUCUUCAGUGAAGGCGAGAAGUGGCUGGAGUCGCGGAGGAAGGUGAACAGGCCGAUGAUGCAGCCGCGAUCUGCCAAGCAGUACAUGGCGCCCAUAGACAGUAUCGCGUUGGAGUUCGUGGACAGGAUGCUGGAUCUAAGAGACGAAAACGGCAAGAUGCCGCUGGACUUCAAGAACGAACUCAACAAGUGGGCGCUGGAAUCCAUCUCACUGGUGGCGCUGGAUGCGCGCCUCGGCUGCCUGGAGAGGAACCUGCCGGCCGACUCUGAGCAGCAGCGGCUCAUCGACGCCACCCUCGCCAUCUUCGACUGCAUGCUGCAGCUGGACCUGCAGCCGUCCCCCUGGCGGUACGUCAGCACGCCCGCCUGGAGGCGACUCGUCAAGGCCCUGGACUGCUCCUACGAAGUGUCAAUGCGGCAUAUAACGAGAGCGCUGGAGCGCAUCAGAGCUCGUGGAGACGAGAGUCAGUCCACUGGAGAGCUAAGUGUGUUGGAGAAGCUUCUCAUAUCCAGCGACGACCCGCGCAUCGCCAUCGUCAUGGCGCUGGACAUGAUGUUCGGCGGCAUCGACACGACAGCGAAUGCGAUGGCCACGACGCUGUACUUCCUCGCGAAAAACCCUCACGCCCAGCAGAAGCUGUACCUGGAGCUGUGUGCCAAACACCCAGACCCUGGGACCCCACUGACUGCUGAGAUCCUGGAAGACUGCAAGUUCCUCAAGGCGUGUGUCAAGGAGGCCCUGAGACUGCGGCCCAUCUCGAUCAUCAACAUGCGGCGUGUUCUGGUGGACGACCUGGUGCUCAGCAACUUCCGCGUUCCCCGAGGGGUGGACGUGGUGGCGUCGCACUUCGUCAUCACCAACUCUGAGGAGCACUUCCCGCAGGCGUCGCAGUUUGUGCCGGAGCGCUGGGUGAAGGACGCCGCGGGCAAUUGCCCAGCCAGACAGGUGCACCCGUUCGCCUAUCUGCCCUUCGGCUUCGGCCCCCGGAUGUGCGUCGGCAAGAGGUUCGCCGAGUACGAGAUCCAUGCCUUGCUAGCUAGAAUUAUCAGACGCUUCCAUGUGGACUACGAGGGCGAGGUCUCUUGGAAGACGACCGUGAUGCACAUGAUAGGCUCACCACUCACAUUCACGAUCACCGAGAGGCGCCCUUCCGUCGCACAAGAGGUGCGAGUAUGAUGCUUGGGAGACUCUGACGGUGAUAAGCCAGAAUCUGUAGUGUACCUGGAACUACGUUUACCAAAUACAGCAAGAACCUUGUUGAUACUUUGUCACUCAUUCAAGUAUCAUUUUCAUCAUAUUUCCCUUUAAAUGGAGAAACGUGUACUACUAGUGUGCUCAUGAGCCAGUGUACUGUAAGAAAGAAAUAAUUUUGGGGCUUCCUAAGCAUUUCACACGAUUUAACGUCCUUGAGUCUCUUAGGUCUACUCUGGAGUUACAAUGUUUUGUAAAACCUCUUAUGCCCAUAAAAAGCCUUAGAAAAUAUUUCCAAUCAUCAUAAUUUGCCACUGUAAUAAACUGGUUACAUUGUUAAA